GAGCAGAGCCCAGGCAGUGACGUGCUGCACCCCGCAAGGCGGCCGCAGUGGCUGCACGGUGCCGCGCCGGCUGCUCCAGCUCUACCGGCAAAUGGAGAUCUGGGUGUCUGCCACCAAUGCGCUGGGCACGGCCGAGUCGGAGCAUCUCUGCAUCGACCCCAUGGAUGUUGCCAAGCUGGACCCCCCAGCCCUGCAGAGCAUCCAGUCCAUCCCCUUCCAGACCGACUGUGUCACCCUGGCCUGGGAGGUGGCCCGCAGCAGCGCGCACAUGGAGCUGCAGUGUGAGCUGCGGUACCGGGCGCCUGAGGACCCUGCCUGGGCUGUGGUCACCAACAUCGUUGGCCAGACUGGUACCACGCAGCGCUGUGGCUUCCUCUUCGGCACACAGUACCACUUCCAGAUGCGGUGCCGGCGGAGCUCGGCACAGGGCUACUGGAGCGAGUGGAGCCCGGGCAGGAACUACACCACCCAUGAGAAAGGUGGGUGCAGAGUCACCCGGGGGGUCCUCUUUGCCUGGCCAGGUGGGCAGCUCGAGGUGCAGUUGCGCUGGAAGGCCCCGCGGCGGCGGGAGGCGAACGGGCGAGUGCUGGGGUACC